AUGACAAACAUCGUCACCAGAAAAACAGUUACUUUCAUAAACAACCAAACCCCACCAACAAUCACUGAAACCACAUUAGAUUUAGACACAUGCUACAACAGUAAUGAAAUUGUUAUCGAGGUCCACGCAGCUGCCCUAAAUCCUAUUGAUUUCGUAGUUCACGAAUUCAGUCAUCCAAAAUUGACCAGUUCAACACCAAAGGGUUACUCUCGUGAUUAUAGUGGUAUAAUCAUACGUAAAGGUGCUGAAGUAGCUCCAAUUUGGGACAUUGGAGACCAUGUGAAUGGUAUGUUCCAUCAUGUCUACGCUGACCAAGGUUCGUUAACUAAUUAUUUGAUCUUGGACCCUACAAAGAAACCAGCUAUAGGUCAUAUUGUUGAAAAUCCAUCUACUUCUUCUUCUUCAGAGAAUGGUAUUAAUAAUAAUAAAUUUGUUACAAAUGCAGCUUGGCCACUUGUGUUUGGAACUGCAUAUACAGCGUUGAUAGACCAGGGACAAAUUUGGAACAAUGACUCGAGAAUCUUAGUGAUUGGUGCUUCUACUUCUGUUAGUAACUGUUUUGUUCAAAUUGCCAAGAAUCAAUUACAUGUUGGAACUGUAGUCGGUAUCUGUAGUAGUAAAUCGGCGGAAUAUAACAAAAAGAUGGGGUACGAUUAUACUGUUUCGUAUGAUGAAGGUGACGGGACAAUUUCAAACCUUAGAAAGUUAAUGGAAACUCCAGAAUUCUCUGGUAAAAAAUUUGAUUUAAUUUUUGAUUCUGUUGGAAACAGUGAAUUUUUCCCAGUUAUUCAUGAGUUUUUAAAGCCAAAAUGUGACAAUUCAUAUUAUCUUACUGUCGUUGGUGAUGUAAAAGUCACUUAUGAGGCUCCUAGUUUAAUAAGGAUGGCAUCUUUGUCUGCCCCAUUGAGGAUGUACAAUCCAUGGAGUUCAUUCAAUUAUAAAGCCUUUUUUGUUCCACCAAGGAAAGAUUGGAUGGAUUUUGCGGCACGUAUGAUUACUCUUGACAGAUUUACUCCACAAAUCGAUUCAGUGUUCAAAUUUGAAGAAUUUCAAGAUGCUCUUAAAAGACUACGUUCCAAUAAGGCAAAAGGGAAAGUUGUCAUUUCCAUAAAGGAGUAA